AGAGAAGGAAGGACUGAUUCUCAUUGCCAAACAAACAAGAAGGCUACCUUUACUGCAUAUCUCGCUAACCUCUGCUCUGAUCUGAAUUCACACAAAUAUACUAGCAGUAGCAGAAGCUGAUCGAAUACGCCUCAGAGAGUUGGAAUCAAGUCUCCGUUUCUCAAGCUGCUCUUAAUCUACCACCAAGGCACGCGGUGGUGACAAAACUUCAUCCGAUGGGUUAGAUUGAGAACACGCAAGUAAUUAUGCCUUCUUUGGUUAAAGAAAGAAUGCUGACAGAGCAAAACAUAUCUAUCCUCCUGCAUAUCUCUCUCAUCUGAAGUCACGGCACGUCAAAUAGUUCAAAUCGAGUCUCUGUUUCUCAAGCUGCUCCUCCUGUCUGCUGUCAAGGCAGUGGUUACAGAACUUCACCCGAUGGGUUAGAUUGGUUCAUCUGCUGCUGCUUUUCUUCUUGGUCUUGGUAGAGAACAUCAUGACUCCUCCCACACGGUUUACCAAUGCCAUAGAUGUGGAUGGCGCCAGAGAAGCGAUAUUCCGAAUUCUUCGUAACAAGGGAGAAGAAAGGGUCAUCUAUUUUCAUGGUUGGAGUGGACUUGGGGCAUCUACCGUUCUUAGAUCCAUAGCAGAAGUUAUCCCUUCUAAGAGAACCACUCCGGAACUAUGCUUUGAUAAAAUAAUUCAUAUAGAUUGCUCUGAGUGGAAAGGUAGGAGGGCGUUGCAGAGGGCAAUUGCAGAGGAGCUACACCUUGGCAGCUCAGUAAUGGAUGUACUGGAUAAGCAGGAUGGAGAUGAUGAUUUUAAUGGAGUUGAUAAAAUUUCAAGGGAUGAAAUAACAAUUGUGUCAGAAGAGAUCUAUCACAUUAUGAAGGACAGUAGAUUUAUUCUUAUUUUCCAUUCCGGGGUUGAUGAUGAGAUCGAUCUAUAUCCCCUUGGUAUUCCUUCAUUUGGCAAGUUCACAAAGAACAUAAUGAUAUGGACAUACAAAAGGAGGAUAUUGACCAUAACAGAAUACGAACAACAUAAACUAAUACAAAAACUGAGGUACACCCAUCUUUUGGCUUAUGAUAGAGAAAAAUAUUUAACAAGUGGACAGUUGUAUGCACUAUUGUGUAAAGAGGCUGCCCUCAUAGCUGCUCACUAUCAAUGCUUGUGGGGAGUCAGUCCAAUGAAGGUUGUUGACUGUUAUGUUUACACACUAUUCCUGCAACGUAGUUUUCACAACAAGACCAAUUCUGAUUGGGUUGGUGUUGCUUCCAAUUGUUGGAUAUGUGAUGGGAUACUGCAGAAAGACAUAACAUUGGAGAUACGUGACGUGUUGCACCGAGAGAUAAGCUGGGAGUGUGAUGAUAAUGUGCUCGCAAAGUUCAAGAAAGAUUUCAAGCUUCCUUUCCUGGUUGUUAAAGAAGAUGGUGUGUAUGAAGAAGGACAAUACCGUUGGAUUUCAACCAGGUCAAGUGAUAGGGAAAUACAUGCUAUGAAAUCUUUACCUGAAGAGACAUCGUCAUUCUUCUUGGAAUUUGUAAUGUCCGAUAAGCCAGUAGCAUUACCAGAUGGUUUGUUUGAACAUUCCAACAACCUUGGUGUGCUAUCCCUCUGUUGUUGUGCCUUCAAUUUUGCAUCACCUCCUUUCUUGAAAUGCCAUGGCCUACGAUUCCUUGGGCUGGACAAUUGUACAGAUGACAAAACAGGUGAAGGAAAGGAUUAUGCCGGGUGGGUUUCUCUGCAUAGCUUGUGGGUGUUGGACCUACGCUACACUGUGUGGAAUGAAAUCUUAUCGCAGGAAAAGUUGGAUCUAAUGGAUAACCUCGUGGAGCUUAGCAUGGAGGGAGUCUGGUGUUGGCAGUACAUAAGUUGCUUACAAGGCCGGCUACCGAAUCUUCAAAGGCUCAGGAUAAUCAAGCCUACACGUGGACCCGAUAUUUCAACAGAUCCAAGCAACUCCUUCAUGGACAAAGCAAAGCUAGAAAUACUUGACCUGUCUGGCAACAGUGAGAUGAACAUUGUACCAAACAGCCUAUCUAAGGCAAGUAGGCUCGAAGUGCUUAUUCUGGAUGGUUGCAAUGAGCUUAAAGAUGUUGUUGUCCCUGAUGGGCUACCUCGCUUGCUGAAGUCCUUCAGCUUUGAUGGAUAUGGGUCUGUUUCCUGCCGGGCACCAACUGUUGAGCUACCUUCGAAACAAGAACGUCCAUCUACCCCAACAACAAAGGAGGGUGCCAGUAUCUCUAAGAUUUCCCUCGAAGGUUGCUCACAAUUGGAGAAUUUGUUUGUUCGUGGAUUGGACAAUCUCGUUGAGCUUGACCUCUCCGGAGCUGCAAUCAAGACACUUAAUUUCAAUACUAUGGUGUUAGAAGUACCAAUGUUGAAGCGAUUAUUUCUGCUAGGAUGUGAGCACCUUCGGGCAAUAAUUUGGAGCAGCCUUACUGAUAGCUUCAAGUUGGAAUUGUUAUGCAUUGAUACGCGAGCUGGAACUGGCCGUUCUCGGCCAUGCAUUGACCGGAACAAUUCCUUUCAGUUGGAGGUGCACGCCAUUGUUGUGGAUGCAAGGCUUGCUCGGUCAGUGUGGCAACUAUUAUGUAAUCAUUAUGCAGCUGCUGAGAAUGUUUAUCUUAAUAUCCAUGUCACCUCUGCUGUGUAUAGUGAGCUGAGUCAAUCCAAAGUGAAAGAAAAGGAGAAGAAGAUUGACAUGUAUGGAGAUCAAGUUAGCCUGCUGCAGCUUGUUCAAGCAGACCGGUACAGUGAUGUCCAAAGCAUGGUUGGUGAUGCCCCUGCUGCAGCCUUUCCUAAGCCUCCGGCUAACAACCUGGAUCGGCAUAUCGAGAUUACUAAAGGGAGCCACGUCUUGGACAGUGGACUGGGAUAUGUGAUGACAAGGUUUGCUGAUUCCCUGCAUGUCCACGAUGUCUCAACUAGUGCUAGUUUGCCGACGGGAUACAGCCCGCAGGUUCUCAGGCAAUGCCGCAUGGAGAGGUGCCCCAAGUUGGGUGAAGUCUUCCCGAGGGGAUCACGUGAAUUUUGGCAGCUGGAGACCUUUUGGGCGUCAGAUCUCCUGAUGGCCAGCUGGAUAUGCAGUAAAGGUGGUUACCGUUACCACGGGUUCAAUGAUGGUUCGUUCGGAAAGCUGCAGCAUCUACGGUUGCGCUCUUGCCCCAGGCUCCAGUUCGUGCUCCCUGUGUGGUUCCGCUCCUUCCCAAGUUUGGAGACCCUCCACAUCAUCCACUGCGGAGACCUCAGGCACAUAUUCGUGCUAGACGAGAAAUAUUGGUACCCAGAUAUCAUCCAAGUUGUAGCAUUCCCAAGGCUGACAACCAUCCACCUGCACGACCUGCCAGUGCUGCAGCAGAUCUGCGAGGUGGAGAUGGUGGCACCAAAGCUCAAUACCAUCAAGAUUAGAGGAUGCUGGGGCCUGCGCCGGCUGCCGGUGGUGGGUGCCCGCAGCGGAGACAUGAAGAAGCCGACCGUCGAGAUCGAGAAAGACGUCUGGGACUCUCUGGAGUGGGACGAGGAGGUGGCCGCUGGCCACUUUGAGGCGCCGGUGCACUCACGCUACUACAAGAAGAAACUGCCAAGGGUCUCCGUGCUCAGGUGAUCCUUGCGCUGUGCUGCACUGAUGUGGUUCUUCCAUCCUUAAUGGGAGACCAGAUGGACGCUCGCUCCUGCAAGUCCUGCUGUCUGCUGCAUGUUUGGUUUAUUGUGUGCUUCCCGGGUUGCUUGAAAGAGAUUUGCUGGUGGUGUCGGUCAUUGGUCAAUCGGCUCCUACUGCUACUGUGUGUUGUUGUGUCAGGUGUGAGCUUGUGGUGGCGCUCACCUUUGUGGCUUUCAAAUAAGAAGCAGCAUGGUUCUUGGCUGCUUGCACUGACGUGUGUGCGCGCGGAAGUAUGGCUUGCGAUUGAGGAUGCCUGCUUGCUGCCUCUUGGCUGCAUGAGUAUGAACUUGGAGUGAUUGACUAAGCAGCAGCCCUGUGUGCCUGCGUGCAUCGAUGGGGCUGCCUGGUGUGGUUUGCGAGUGUGUUAAUCUGAACACAGAAGCAGCUGGUUCAGUGCAUUGGCUUGCAUUGGACCUGCUAUUAUCCGUGUCUGUUAUGCUUGUGGAAUAAACAGAUUGUAAUACUAGGAGAACGGAUUUCAGUU